AUGGGGCACUUAGCCCAUUCUAUUGGUGUACGGGCUACCCAGUUAGAGGUUGAGGUACCUUGGAUGAUUGAGAGGGCCCUCCUAGCUGCUUUGACACCCCUCCAGACUUCUAUUGAUGAUCUCACAGUGAGAGUCGCGACUUGUGAGAGUCGACAACGGGUUACUUUAGAGGUGACAGCUUUGAAAGCCGAAGUUGCAGAUUUGAGAAAGGAUGUGGACUACCUAAAGUCCACAGACUUCACUUCUUUUUUGGAGGCAGUUGAUGAUAUGGAUGCCCCGGCUAAUUCUGAGAUUCCUCUAGCCACCACCGGAGAUCUUAGGGAGCGAGACAUUGUCGUAUAUGAUGAUCUGGCUGACCUAGAGGAUGCGAUGUUUGAGACUGCCCGCCAGACCUCCUUGAGAGACACCAGCAUGGUUGUGUGUAGUGGAGUCGUUGCUGCUGAUGUGACCUCGGGCACUGAUUCCCCAACAAAUAGAGCAACUGUGUAG